GGAUGGUAGAUGUAAAAUUCUUAAAUGGGAUGUAAGGUGGGAUGUACUAUGUACGUGGGGUUUACUAUGGGUUGACUGCACGUAGUAGGUUCAUUUCAACCAAGGCUGUAUGUAGCCUAACACAUUGUCAUGCUUACAGGGAAUUGAGAGUCACAGGAGCAGGGAAAAAUUAAUGUAUAUCAAAGAGUUCUGCCUUGGUCGGUUGUUAAAUUCAUUCAGAAGUAAUGAAAAAUGCGGAGAUAAUCUUCUGGAGUGGAAAGUUUCAUUAAAAUGAAGCUUUAUCCUCCCAUUGGCUGUCUGGAAGCAGAACCAGAUUGAUAGGAAGAGACUGGCAAAUUAUAGCAAAACUUUUGUCUUUGGAACUGCUCUCUCGGUUGCUAAGUUUCAUACCUCUUUACCUGCUUUAAUUCAGUCUAGUCUGUUCCUUCUGUUUUGUGUGUAUAUUUUUAAAAAUACCAUUGUUCUAAUGAGAGAGAACAAGCAUCUCAGGAGACGGCUUUAAAUUCCAAGCGAAGUUGAAGUCUCAGAGUAUGCGUCUCUGCACCUGAUAUUCCCGCCCGAGGCUGGCAGCCCCUCCCUGUGAGUAAGAGGAAAGGCUUGGCCAAUUACUGAGACAAAGCCGGCCGGUUGCCUGAGGCGGAGUUUCCUUCUCCGGGUGUGGAGCGGGGCUUCUUUCACAGCAUUCGUCCAGUGCAUUACCUGGGUGGAGGUUGAUUAGGGGGUGCUGUUUUUGCUGCCGACCCCCUCCCCAGGAGAGUCGGGCGGGAGGAGUUGUUGCCAUUGCCAUUUUCUCUUGGAGGCAGAUGCCUUCUGACCCCAGCGCGCUGGUCCUCCUCCCACCCAGACCAGAACAUCAGGUCCAUCCCCCGGAGUCUCAGGUGGCACCGCGGCGGCAUCCUCGGGGAGGAUUUGGUGGAAAGGGAAGGGGUGGUCCUUCUGCCCGGACCCCUCUCGGCUGACUCACAGGAAGUGGUAGCUGGGCGCUGGGCGCAGCAGCUCCAGGAUUCCGCCUUCUCCGCCGGUCCGCCGCCCUCGCCCUCCACCCGGGCUUUGCUGUGUCUCCAGUAGAACAAUGAAGGGCUUCCAAGUUUGCCAAGACGCCCAGGCACAGUCUUUGCACUUCUGUGACAGUCUUCCAAAUGUUUUGCCACCGACUUUUUCCAGAAGCUGUUUUUAAAAAAGCCCUUCCCUUCGUGGAUUGCUUUGUCUGAAGAUAACUCAGGGUGACCAUGGUUCAGCGCUUUAGCCUCAGGAGGCAGCUAUCCAAGAUCGAGCGGUUGGAGGUAAGCAGCCUCGCCCAGACUUCCAGUGCAGUGGCCUCCAGCACUGAUGGCAGCCUCCACACAGACUCUGUGGAUGGAACACCAGACCCUCAGCGCACAAAGGCUGCUAUUGCUCACUUGCAGCAGAAGAUCCUGAAGCUAACAGAACAAAUCAAGAUUGCACAGACAGCCCGGGACGACAACGUUGCUGAAUAUCUGAAGCUUGCCAACAGUGCAGACAAGCAGCAGGCUGCCCGUAUCAAGCAGGUCUUUGAGAAGAAGAACCAGAAAUCUGCCCAGACCAUCCUCCAACUACAGAAGAAGCUUGAGCACUACCACAGGAAGCUCCGAGAGGUGGAACAGAAUGGGAUACCCCGGCAGCCAAAGGACGUCUUCAGGGACAUGCACCAGGGUCUGAAGGAUGUGGGGGCGAAGGUGACUGGCUUCAGUGAAGGUGUGGUGGACAGUGUCAAAGGUGGACUCUCCAGCUUCUCCCAGGCAACACAUUCAGCAGCAGGGGCUGUGGUCUCAAAGCCCAGAGAGAUCGCUUCACUAAUUCGGAAUAAGUUUGGCAGUGCGGACAAUAUCCCUAACCUGAAGGACUCUUUAGAGGAGGGGCAAGUGGAUGAUGGGGGGAAGGCUUUGGGAGUGAUUUCAAACUUCCAGUCGAGCCCCAAAUAUGGUAGUGAGGAAGAUUGUUCUAGUGCCACUUCAGGCUCAGUGGGAGCCAACAGCACCACUGGAGGCAUCGCUGUAGGGGCGUCCAGCUCCAAGACAAACACCCUGGACAUGCAGAGCUCAGGAUUCGAUGCACUACUCCAUGAGAUCCAGGAGAUCCGGGAAACCCAGGCCAGACUAGAGGAAUCCUUUGAGACCCUCAAGGAACAUUACCAGAGAGACUAUUCAUUAAUAAUGCAGGCCUUACAGGAGGAGCGAUAUAGAUGUGAACGAUUAGAAGAACAACUAAAUGAUCUAACAGAGCUCCACCAGAACGAAAUCUUGAACUUGAAGCAGGAAUUGGCCAGCAUGGAAGAGAAGAUUGCAUACCAGUCGUAUGAACGGGCCCGGGACAUCCAGGAGGCCCUGGAGGCGUGCCAGACCCGCAUCUCCAAGAUGGAGCUGCAGCAGCAGCAGCAGCAGGUGGUACAGCUGGAAGGGCUGGAGAAUGCCACUGCCCGGAACCUUCUGGGCAAACUCAUCAACAUCCUCCUGGCGGUCAUGGCAGUCCUUUUGGUCUUCGUCUCCACAGUCGCCAACUGUGUGGUUCCCCUCAUGAAGACUCGCAACAGGACGUUCAGCACUUUAUUCCUUGUGGUUUUCAUUGCCUUUCUCUGGAAGCACUGGGAUGCCCUCUUCAGCUAUGUAGAACGGUUCUUUUCCUCUCCGAGAUGAUGCUGGCACAAGAAGGCAGUGCUCCCUUACCCUCUGGCGAGUGCAUGCAGUGAAGAAUUAGACAGCAACUUACCUACUCUGAAGUUUUCUACAACAACAAAAGAGUUGAGUGAAUCUGUUUACAUUUAGAAUAAUGUUUUUUUCUUCAAAAGACGCAAUUGCAAUAGUAUUUUUUAGAUUUUAUCCAAGAAGUUUUUUGGGCAAAAAUCUUGGAUCAUUUUUAUGUAGCAUGAUUUUCCUUGGGAUGCAAAUCUUAAACAGUCCUUUAACAUGAACCAACAAUCUGGAGCACACUGAAGGGCAUUCUAAAUUGUGGCUUGAAGGACUGCACUAAAACCCACUAAAAAGAUGCGAAAACCUGACUAGGGAAACCAGUUAAACCUAACCCCCUGCCUUGUCUGGGCUCACCACCUCUCCCCUUCCCAGACUAACUUUACUGUGAAGUCCUACCACAUUCCAUGUCUGAAUUUCUGGAUUCAGGGUGGAUUUCCUUGUCCGUGGAAGAACACAUGGAUCUCCCUGGCUUUUUCACCCAAGUUGGCCGCUUGUGCCAACCCUGGAAGUAUGAUCACUUUUGAACCUGGUCCCUUAACCUUCGCUAGGAUAAAAGUGAGAGCAUCACGCCCAAGGAUCACUGCACAGUCCUACUACAGUAUUUUGAAUUAUCCCUCUAAAUACUUAAUUUUAAACAAACCCCAUGGCCGCACUUUUAUGGUUUUUUUUUUAAAUAUGUGUAUAGUCACCAUUUAAAACAAAAUCCAAACAGCAUACUUGAAGAAUGUAAUACUCAAACUCUCAGUGCUUCCUUAUGGUUUCUAAUAGGAUUUUUUAUUAUUGUUAUUAUUAUUAUUGGGUUUUUUUGGAAAGGGUUGGGAGGGUCUUUUAUUUUUUCCUUUGAAAUAAAGAAGUGAUGUUUUUAAAUGAAGAAAUGUGUGGAUAUUUAAGUGUGCUGCUCCUUCUUGUCUUGACAUAAUUUGAGUAAAGAAAGACUUGCUGUAAAAUGCCGCCCUCUGACGCCCUUGUUUUGAGAUGCAGCUUACAUUUCCUCCUCUGGCUGCUGCUGCUGCUUUUUGGUGUCCUGCCACCCCCACACCACCACUUUAUGGGCUUGGCUUGGUUGGAGAGGAAAGGGGUGUGCAGGGAGAAGGGGAGGCUGUUUCCAUGAACCAGCAUGAAAGGAUAGAGAUUUCUUUCACCCCAAGAACAUGUUCACCCAUUGACUUUGGGCUGGGAUUGUCUUUAAGAAAAGUUAAGACUAUCAUUAGGAGAGUCAUAAAUAAUCCCUUGUGUUUUCCUAAUUUAUUUUUAAUACCCCCUAAUUAAUGAAACCAAAGUGAUAUGGAAUCUUCUGUCUGCAUUUUGGCCCUAGCAUCCUUAAUUUCGAAGCUUUAUUCUGUCUGCCUGAGAGAAUCAACAGAAGGUGAUUCUCCCUAAAGAACAGAAAAGGAAACGUCAGGUUAGAAGGACUCAAGUUCGGGGUAUAAAAUGUUGUCAGCUUCCCCUUCAACUAGACUGACUUAUCAACAUUACUAUGCUCAGUGGACUUUUAUAGACAAUGUAGCAAAAGGGACUGAGCCUUCUUCCCCAUUCUGUAACCCAUUCUACCAUCCCAGUGGAACUUGGGCUCUUAGAAGCCCUAAUCUAGAAAGCUUGGUCAGUCUUUCCUUAUUCAUAGUAUUGAAUCACAAAUGCUGUCCCCUCUUGGCCUCCAUUCCAUGCGACCAGGUGAUGAGUAAGGGGCACCUACUGUGUCCUGCAAAGAGGAGCAAAGCAUGCUCUGCCUGCCUCCCCAGACCAGGAAAUUCUUUUAGAAGGAGAUUAACAUUGCCUUGUCUGUCUUAGAGGAUGGUUUACAUGGCAGCUCCAGCCUCCUGUGGCUUGGCAGGCUGGCCUUCUCAGUGUCAGCAUGUUGUUUCCAUAAUCAUUCUGAUAUUUUAACUCAGGUACCCCAAUCUUCACUCAUCCCCCGAUGAUUGUAGUACACUUGUUAGCUCUGUUGACCUUUUGAAAUCAGUACCCAGAGCAUGGACCACAGGGGUGAAUUUUCUGUUAAAACAUAGUUGUAACUAAUUUCACACCAAAAACAAAUAGUUCCCAAGCCUAUGUAUUUAAAAUGUUAACUUUGCCUAGAAAUAUUACAGUGACUUUAGGCAGGGGUGCCACAGGACACCAUGACCUUGUCAAACUAGCUCAGUUUCUCCUAACUUUUUGCUGUAGCUUAAUAGCUCAGAGUAGGGAAGAGAGCCCCACAGGGUUAUUUAAAAAGAUGCUUUAGCCACAAUCCUCUGGUUUUUCUAAGAGCUUCUGAGUCCCCUGAGCUGUGUAGAGGCUCCCAAGUUUUUUAGGCACUGGAGGCCACUGGAUAGGUGGAUUGAAAUUGUUCCCAUUUGCUUUGGGACAAGUUCUAUCAAAGAAAAGUUUUUCACCUCUGGAAACCCCCUGAGCUCCCAGCCAAACAGGCCUGCGCUGACUUUCCAUCCUCCUCUCUCCAGCUGUCCUCAGAAGGACCUUCAGGCUAGGUCAGGCACAGUCAUGGCUGUCUGGCUCUCUUGCCCCUUGAUUAUUCACCAGGCCCAACAGUUGUCUGCAUUUAAUGCUGUUUGUAACCAUGCAUCUGUUUUCCUGCCUUCCCCCACUUUGUGCUGCCCAUACCUGUUGCCUUUGAGUUUCUUUGCCUUGCAGCUGUUCUUGGAUUCUGUCUACUCAGAGCUCUUCUAUAACCUCGCUGUGGGUAGAAAAGUCUCCUCGCUUUAAUGCUUCUCUUUUAAAAACAACUUGCAUUCCCUUUGAAAUGAAGCAUUCCUGGAUUACUUGUUAGUGCUGGUGUGUGAGGCUGAGUAGCCUUGGUGACUCUGUUCAGGUUGUAGAGUGACUAACGUUUUACCUUUUUUAUGAUAAUUGAAAGGCAUUUCUGUCUGCUCCAAUUUCGAUUCUUUGGAAAUAUACUCAGUGCAUCCUAGCAAAGAAGGCUUUCUGUUCCACUGGCUCCUUAUGAAGCAAAAAUAGGUUACCUUUUACACUUCGCUGACUGGACAGGGUCUUCUCUCUCCCCUGUACCCCCUCCAUCCAAUUGAGGUAAAAGUCUGAUACCAAGAAAAACUCGGAUCAAGCCUUCCUUGCUAGCCAUGUCAUAAUAAUGAGCAUAUUUUCAUGUGUUUUCACUGCAUUUGGUUUUGUUUCUGAUUUCAUAUCCCUUUGAGGUACAGUCCGAUGCAAUGCUGAAUUCCAAGUGAGUUCCAGUGAGGAGCUGCCUUUCAGCUUCAGAAAAUAUGCAUCCAAAACAAAACCAAAUAUUAUGAUCAGAAAGUCAACCUAGGUAAAAUUAUGGUUUCCACCCCCAAAUGAAACUGGAGAUUUUGAAUGUGGCUCAAAGAGUUAACAUUUCUGUCCAUGUGUCGUGUACACCAGGUGACACCCUCAGUAGGAUUGACUACUAGCCUGUAAGUGUGUUUUAUCAAAGUGUGUAAGAAUAAAAACUCACUUGCACGAGUUGAAAAGUACAGAAAUGACACUUGUGAACGUGUGGACAUUAACACUGUAGUUGAUAGAUCUUAAGCUGCUAAUUGUUGAGAGAGAAUUACGUUUGUUUUGUCUGGUUGCUGCAGAUUCUCAGCAGCACUUUUACUGUACAUACAAAUUGAAAUAAAGACCUCAGCUAUUAA